AUGCCCGCACGAGCCUUUGGUCACGAGGAGGACAAAGACGAGGAGGACUUUGCCUCGACUCUCAGCUCGCGCAACGACGAACAUGUCGUCGCCUUCUCCUCCGCGACCGGCGCAGAGCCAGCACGCAAACGGUCGCGCACAGAAAAUGCCCCAAAGGUCAUUCCACUCACGCGCGACGGUGAUUGGAUGGCAGAGAGGAAGCGCAGGUUGAAUCUGGGCAGGCACGCUGCUCAGCUCGGACGUCUGGUCAGCAUGCAAGGGCGAGAUGGAGAUGGCGAGCGCGGCGGUAGCGCAAACCAGAGCCGCAUCGGCGACGGCGACGGCAGCAGCACCCUCACUCCUGGCUUGAUGAGCAUGAGGCGUGUCGCGCCUGCAGCUCCAAGCGAACGCACGCACGCGGAAGAAGAAGCAGAGAUGGCCGCUUUGCAAGCUGCUGCUAGGCAUACCACACCAUCCGCAUCCAAAGCCGGUGACACGCCCACAGACGACGAUGCGGAAGCUCGCGCAGCUCUGCUCGCGGGAGACGUCAGCAGCAGCAGUGGAGGUCGCGGUCGCGACACUGAGCGGGUCAUCGAGAUGGACGAGACUGCGCUCACGCAAGCCGACGCUGCCAAUCGGCCGGAUGCGCCUACGGUGGAAGAGUACGCGGCGCUGCCCAUCUCGGAAUUUGGCGCAGCGAUGCUGAGAGGCAUGGGCUGGAGGGAAGGGCAAGGUGCAGGCAGGAACAGGCAGGGUCCUACCACUUCCGAACAAGUCAAAAAGAGACCCGCACUGCUCGGUCUAGGUGCCAAGGAACGCAAAGAAGCGAGCGGCACGAGCGGUGCGAGCGGUGCGAGCGGCACCUCGCGCAGCAAGGACGCCAAACGACCGUCUCGGCCCGACAACAGGUACAUGCCCGUCGUCAAGAGGAGUGCAGAGGAGGGCUCGCGCUCGCGGCAAGGCAUCGUGUCGUUGGGAGAUCGCAAUGACGCGCGACACGACAGUCGACGCAGCGAAGCUCGCUCGUCUCGCCAUCGAGACGAGUAUGACCGCGAGAGACAUUCGAGAGAGCGCAAAGGAGACCGCGAGAGGUAUUCACGCGAUGAGGACGGACGAUACGGGUCAGACAGGCGAGAUGCGGAUUGGUCGUCAAGUCGGCAGGAUCGGGACGGAUAUGCUGGCCGCGAGCGAUAG